GUGGAAAGUUUUGGAAAUUAAAGGUGACAGUGAAAAGUAAUAAAAAGACAAAACUUUUGUUCCUUUAAAAUUAAGUGUUUUAAUUUUUCAACAAUUAUUGAAACAAUCACACGCUGGUUUUAUUCCUCCUCCUGCUGCGUACGGACAAACACCAUUUACAAGAUUACAAAGUUUGUGUGUUUAAUAAGUGACUUCAGGGGGGCGUGGUGUUUCCUCCCUACCUGUUUUUCAGAGCGCUUCAUUCACUCUCAGCUUCUGUUGGAGGAACACGACGCCGCAGACAUGAGCGGACGAGUCGGAGAUUUGAGCCCGAAGCAGGAGGAGACGUUGAACGAGUUUCGAGGGAGAAUCCAGGACAUCCUCCCCAACCUGCCCGCACAGCAUGACCACUACCUCCUGCGCUGGCUCCGAGCUCGAAGCUUCAACGUCCAGAAAUCUGAAGUCAUGAUCAGGAAGCACGUUGAUUUCAGGAGGAAAAUGAAUGUAGAGAACAUCAUAUCAGACUGGAAACCUCCGGAGGUGAUUGAGAACUACGUCUCUGGAGGGAUGUGUGGAUACGACAGGGAGGGCAGUCCGAUCUGGUACGAUGUGAUUGGUCCUCUGGAUCCUAAAGGUCUGCUGCUGUCGGCCACCAAACAGGACUUCCUGAAGACCAAGAUCCGACACACGGAGCUGCUGCAGAGGGAGUGUCGGACGCAGUCGGAGAAGCUGGAGAAGAACAUCGAGUCCAUCACUCUGAUCUACGACUGUGAAGGUCUGGGACUCAAACACAUCUGGAAACCUGCGAUCGAGGCGUACGGAGAGAUCCUCACCAUGUUUGAAGAGAACUAUCCGGAGGGCCUGAAGAGAGUCUUCCUCAUCAAAGCUCCCAGAAUGUUCCCGAUGGCGUACAACCUCAUCAAGCACUUCCUGUGCGAGGAGACGCGGCGCAAGAUCGUCGUGUUAGGAGGUAACUGGCAAGACAUUUUACGGAAACAUAUCGACCCUGAUCAGCUUCCUGUGGUUUACGGAGGAACGCUAACGGACCCUGAUGGAGACCCUCACUGCAAAACCAUGAUAAAGUACGGCGGCACAGUUCCAAGGUCGUACUACGUUCAGGACUCUGUGAAGGUUCAGUACGACAACAGCGUGACCAUCAGUCGGGGAUCCACGUUCCAGCUGGAGUACGACGUUAAAGCUGCCACCAGUGUUCUCAGGUGGCAGUUUGCCAGCGACGGUGCAGACAUCGGGUUCGGCGUCUUCAGACGGACUAAAGAGGGCGCCGGGCAGAAGGUCGCCGAGAUGCAGCAGGUCCUCCCGAGCGAGCGCUACAACGCUCACCUGGUCCCCGAAGACAACGGUCUCACCUGUCAGGAUGCUGGAGUCUAUGUCCUGUGUUUUGAUAACAGCUACAGCAUCCUGCAUUCAAAGAGGGUGAGCUACAAGGUCGAGGUCAUUCCUCCUCCGGACGGACAGACGGACGCCGUGAACAAGACCGGGGACAGACGGCUGCAGUGAAGGAGUCCUCUGAGACCUCCUACAUCUCUCUCUUCGAACACAAUAACACCCUGUCACAUCUCUCUCUCUCUCUCCUCUCUCUCUCUCUCU